AUGGCCGAGACCAGGGAACCAUGGAUGGCCGAUGCCGACAAACCACUCGAAGGUCGAACACCACGCGAGAUCGCGGAGAACGACGCGGACACGUCAUAUUUCCGCAACCUCUACACUCAAUACGGCAAUGAAAAGUGGCCAACGACGGACGGUAAGGACGAGUUCAAGGCUUUCCUCAGGCGCAAGGACAAGUUUCGAAAUAUCAACGACACCUCUGCAUUCACCCCAAGUAGCCAAAACUCAACGCUGCCUAAAUUGAAGGCGAAUGCCAUACGGUAUCUACACCGCUAUUCGACCGAGGGUCAGCCCCAGGCACAGAACCCCAUCACAGCACCCACUCAGACUCCGGCCUCCAAGUUGCCAGUUGCUACCACGCCGGUGGUCGACACCGCUACAACUCCACAAGACCAACCUAUUGACUCGAAGACAAGCAAGCGCUCGGCAGCACACCACAUCAGUGAGGCUGAGACGCCAGGAAAGUUCAGAAAGCUCACAAAAACCUCAGGCCUUGCGACGAACGCGUCUACAUCGGCAAGCUCCGCGCUCGACCCGAAGAAGCGACUUGUGACUGAGUCGUCGCGCGUCCCUCAGGACAGCCUUAGCAAAGAGGACGAAUCUGGUACCCAUGAGCUGCAUCAACUCAACAAGAACCUCUUGGCAGAGCCUAAUUACGCCAAACCUCAAUCGCACUACACCGACAAGCCCACUGUCCCCGCUGCCGGCGCCCCUAGUGUAGUCGCGUCGCAGCAGAGUCAGCAACAAGGUCAGCUCGAUGCGCCUCCAUCACACGCGAGCAAGGCUCCUGUGAAGGGCACAGAUCUUCUUGUCCUUCAACAGCGUCACGAGAUCUCCCGUCUCAACGAGGUGCUUCACAAUCUCCCAGCUGAGUAUCAGCGUCAGGUGGAUGAGCAGCGUGUUCGCAAUACUGAACUACAUCACACGAUCGGCCGUCAGAACAAGCAGAUCAUCGACCUCGAGGCUGCGAGUCGACAGAAGGACGACGAGAUCACCAUGCUACGCCAGGCAAACUACAACUACGAGAAGGGGAAUCUGAUUCUACGAGGCAUGCUAGCGGCUGCUGAGAGCAGGAUCAAGGUGCCGGAGGAAUGGGAGGAAUUCACGGAUCAGAGGCAAUGUCUCGAAUCCAAAUAA